GGUCGUUGGAGGGGAAAAGAUGGCGGGCGGGCGCGGUGGGGGCUCGUGAGGCAGCGGCUUCCGGGCCAGGGGAGUGUGGAGAGCGGCGCGGCAGCGGGGUCCGGUGGCGGGGGUAAGAAAACAGUCGGACGUGUUUUAGAAACAAGAUCGCCAUGGCCACAGAAAUUGGCUCCCCACCCCGGUUUUUCCAUAUGCCGAGGUUCCAGCACCAGGCACCUCGGCAGCUGUUCUACAAGAGACCUGAUUUUGCACAGCAGCAGGCAAUGCAGCAGCUCACCUUUGAUGGGAAACGGAUGAGAAAAGCUGUGAACCGGAAAACCAUAGACUACAAUCCCUCUGUAAUUAAAUAUUUGGAGAAUAGAGUAUGGCAGAGAGACCAGCGAGAUAUGCGGGCAAUUCAGCCUGAUGCGGGAUAUUAUAAUGAUCUGGUCCCUCCUAUAGGAAUGCUGAAUAAUCCUAUGAAUGCUGUAACAACAAAAUUUGUUAGGACAUCUACCAAUAAAGUAAAAUGCCCAGUGUUUGUUGUCAGGUGGACUCCUGAAGGGAGGCGCUUGGUCACUGGGGCUUCUAGUGGAGAGUUCACCUUGUGGAAUGGAUUGACUUUCAAUUUUGAAACAAUAUUACAGGCUCACGACAGCCCUGUAAGGGCCAUGACUUGGUCACACAAUGAUAUGUGGAUGCUGACAGCAGACCACGGGGGAUAUGUGAAAUACUGGCAGUCCAACAUGAACAACGUCAAGAUGUUCCAGGCACAUAAGGAGGCGAUUAGAGAGGCCAGUUUCUCACCCACGGAUAAUAAAUUUGCUACAUGCUCUGACGACGGCACUGUUAGAAUCUGGGACUUUCUACGUUGCCAUGAGGAGAGAAUUCUUCGAGAUGCCACUUAAUUUUCCGAGUUCAUCUGCCAAUGUUCAUAUAUUGGACCAGUGCGAUAUAGUAGACGUAACAGGAUGAAAUAUCGUUAAGGGCUGUAUUAACGCUGCUGUCAUGUCACAAGAUAUGAAUGGGAUAUUGGCAUGCAGACUGUCUGCAAGGAAGAUGACUUUAACAAAACACUGGAACUCUUGGCCUAGGUGCCUGAACUCAUUUGACAUUUGCCAAUGCAGAGGUUUUAAAAAACUUACAUACCACAGUUGGACUUGCAUCAUUUUACCAGAGAAUAUUUCCUGCUUCUCUUGGACUCUCUUCUGAUUUUUACUGUUAUAUUAUCCCUUUGAACGUCACUACUGUUGAAGCCUAGUAUUUCAAUAUAGUCUUGCUUUCAUGAUUUUUCCAUCAGAAACAUCACUGCAGGAGUUUCUGUUCCAUUCAGGAGUUGACAAACAGAUUUCUAGGCCAUAUUGUUGGUAUUAUAGUUAUCUCUAGAGGCACCAAUCAGGUUGGCGACCAUUGUGCUGUCUGCUGUACAAAAGAUAAAAUUCUGUACUGAUGUAUAUUCCAUGCAAUCACAUUAACUAUUCAAUUGGAUUGUAUAAGGGAGGAGCGAUUGCAUCUGUGCAGAGUUCAGUCCAGUGUGUAGGUCUUGCAUUAAUUUCACUACUUUUCCCUAUCAUCUGUGGUCUAUGUUCUUCUGCAUAGAGGUCUCGUAGGCCAAGGGAACAAAUGACUUAAGAAUUUCAGGCCAGUAUAUAAUGAUACUUGUACUGUAUUUCCUUCUGUUUCAUUUACUCAAAGAUUGGGAUUGUGUGUACAUUCUAGAUAUAGUUUCAUUUUUAAAUGCACUAUAAAAUUGUCAGAGUGAAAUCCAUCAUAUUUAUAUAUAGCAAAAUAGUUGUAUAAAGAGAAUAGGGCUUGUACCGUCACUGUCUGUAUAGUGUAUGUACAAUACACUCCUUUUUUACUGACUUUAUGUGAAUCAGCAGUAUUGCCAGAUCUUCACCACCUGACAUAACAGAGCACAUGGAUUCUUGAGAGAACCUUUACUUUUGCUUGCAGAACAAAAAACCUUUCUAAAAGCGGUGGAAAAUGCGAUCUCUUAAUUCAGGAGUGCAAGCUGGAUUUUUCUGGUGCCCUGUGCUGUAUAGCUGAUUAAAGGAACUAUGUGAGGGCCUGUUACAUGUCCUCAGUAGAGAGCGAUGUAAUAGGGGCUUUCUUGCUCCAAACCUUCCUUUAUCUUCUGCCCCAUAUUGAAGUUUUAAAGUUUUAUUUAGGAUAAUUGCCUGGAAAAUUUUCAAUCAAGUACAGAUUUUAAAGCAUACACAUACCCCUACCAUGAUGGUUGUCUUAAGUGAAUACAAAUCUUUUUAAAGUUUUCAGCAAUUAAAGUUGCAGAGGGCUGUAUGCAAAUUAGAAUCCUAAAAGGAUUUAAUUAAGACUAACUGAUAUCAAUACACCUCUCAUGCUUUGUCCUGUCCGGUUAUGUCUGUAUAUACUAUUUGAUCAAGAAUGAUAGUAUACUUUCUGUUCUCACACAAACCGUUCUUCAAGUCUUCUGGUUAAUACUAAUACCAUUGAAGGUCAACACAAUUAAGGAGAUGCCCUGAUGUAGUUUAGGUCCAAAAUUUGAUUCUUAAAAUAUUAGACUAUCCUCCAGUUUAUGAAUAUCUGUUUAUAAAAAAUAGAAGACUCCCAACACUUUAUUAUCAGACUGUACAUAAAAAAUCCAUUCUCUGAGACCAAAUGUCAAUAACAAGUUCUUCCUGCUGAUUCUGCAGCAGCAAGCUAAUCAAACUAUUUCAAAACCAGCCUGAGGAUCUUGCACAAUGCACUACCAUGCUGCUGUAGCACAUUUCUAGUUUGCUUCUAGAUUAGCAGGGCCAGAGAGUACAGCAAAGUCAGACUCAUCUCUGGUACCAGAUAAUGAUACUCUAUUGACUUAAUGCUUUUGCUCACUGGAGAAGUGACCAAGUUUGUUCAUCUCCAGUAGGGGAGGAAAUGCUUGACAAUUCUAGCCAGGUUGGGAGUGGUGCUGAUGGACUGACCUUCAGUUGCGGGAGGGGAGGAGAGAGAGAGAUGAGGAGACGGGGUUUGAGGAAUUCCAGAGAAAGAUGUGUCAUCACUGAAAGUAGUCAAAGAACCAUUAUUAUUUUGGUUUCAUUAGAAACAUGGGGGGCGAUUAGCAGUUGUCAAAUGGAAAAACACAAAUGUAAAAGUUAGGGUGACCUCUUUGUGCCUUAUUUUGCUUUAAGUUGUAAAAAGGACUGAAUUAAAGAAAAAAAGCCUGACUCAAUCCUUUUAGCCUCAAUUGCUCAGCUUUCAUUCUUUUGAUGUCAUUGUCUUGCCAUUUCUUCAAUUACUGUAGUCUUUCAGGGCUGACAAGACUUAACUUAUUUUUUAACAUUCAAAACUCAUUUGGUUUCUAAAAGUAGUUUCAAGCUUAUAUUCUAAUCUACAUCAUAAAGAAGUAAAAAGGACAAAAGCUCUUUUUUUGCUUUGUAUGUCACUGAUAAGAAAUGUAUCUUGAAGGAGACUUUCACGGAAAGAACUUGAAAUAAGAACAGUGGUACAAACAGCAUUUCACCUUAGUAAUAGUUGCGAUGUUACAAAUUUGUCAAUAUGAAAACAUGACAAGAUCAAGUAGGAAGUUAAAAUAGACUGGAUUGGAGUCAAGCCCUUGUUUAUACAUAAACAGUUUUAUACAGUUUUUGAUAAUUAUUAAGUGGGGAAAGAAAAUUGUAUGGAAAGUCAAUAAAUUAAGUCUUACAUGAGAGCAUUUUUUUAGGCCUUUCUAAAGGCCUUUCUGUUAGGGCAGGUGAAACAAAAAUAAGUUUUUGGUCUAAAGGUUUUGUUAUAAGACUCACAAAUCAAGGAUUUGUGCUUCUAACACCUCUUUUCUCUGUGACAGCUUACAUGUUCACAUUUUUGUAGGAACACUUGUUCCAUCUGAAAUGGGUGUGGAAAAAUUAUAUGCAAUAAACUUCUGGUGGUGUUUUAUUUUCUAGGAGACUAAGGUAGCUAGCCAUUGACUUUAUUGAGAGGUUUUGAAUCCCAGGAUGUUGGACUCGAGCUAAUGGGGCCAGGAAGAUGUUUAAAUCCCAUUUGUAGUAAACAUGCCAUUCUAAAUUACACACAGCAGUAUGAACAGAAAUCAUAGGUUAGGAUACACCAUUUUUCUUAAAUAUACUAAUUAUAUUAUAAUUGUCUACUUGAAAUAGAGAGCUUUCGUAUAUAACACAAUUGAUAGUAAUAUUAAAGUUCAUAUUAGGCCAAAUUUUCUUCCUUUUUCUACCUAUUGAAAUCAGUGGGAUUGUGCUUGUGUACUUGAGAGAGAGAGUUGGCCCAUUAUAUCUAUUGGAUAAAAUACAUACAGUUAUUAGUUAUGUAAUAUAACAGGAAGAAAUUGUAAGUUGCAAACAUUGGAAAGAGCUGAAGUCCAUGUCUGUUACUAAAUAUGUUGGCCAGUUAAAUUACUGGUCUUUGAUCCAAAGAAGACUCAGAAUAUUCUGGGUGACUAUUGCUUGGCUUUGCACUUACGUUGCCAGAACAUACCAUACUAUUUUAAAUAAUGAAUACAAGCAGUAGCUUUGAGUACUUUCAUCAACCUCUUAUUCUCGUUCUCUUUAAGCAAGAUUAUACAGUUACAGGGACUUUUGAGAGAGACACCUAAAAUGCAGUUGACCUAAAACCUAUCAGGAAUGCCCAAAGACUGCUAUCCAGAAUUGGAUGAAUUGUGCACUGGGGGAUGCAGUUAUUUGUUUUGAACCUAAACUUUUUAUCCUUAAAGCCACAAGCAGACAAGAAGAAUAAAACUUUUCCACUGGUCUAAAGCUUUCAGAGCUAUAAAUUAUCCAGAAUGAACUAGGCAAUAUAUUGAGCACUUUUGCCUUUGUACUAUAUUAAAAAUUGAUCCACCUUGCUGUGUUUGAUUCUGGGUUGUUUUCUGCUUGGGUCUCACUACUUUUGAUGUAAGUAGUCCCAUAAGUGUUGGCCUGAGAAAUGUAUAUAUGCACUUCAUACAUACGCUGCAAUUGUAUUCCAAAGCUUAUCUUAGUAACAAGGUUCAUCAGAAUUCAACAUUCAAACAGAAUAGCAAUUCUCAUUUCAAAGUUAGUUUUUUUUUAAACUUACUUUUAAUCAUAUUCACUACACUUAACUUCUUUUUCAUAUUUCACUUUUUGAUAGCAGUUGCAAUGCAGUACUGUAAUAUGUAGAAAAUAUCCAGCUCCUCCUAAAGUUGCAGAUCUGUCAGGCACCCUUCCUAGAAGUGAUGAGUCAUGAAAAAGCAUUGUAAUAAGAUGCACUUUAACAAAGAUCCAAGAGGAUUGUGUGUAUAGCUGAAAUGCAGACUUACUAUGUUGUGCUGUCCUAAAUUUUUUUAAAAAAAGCUUUCAUAGUGUUUUAUUAUGCCAGGUCUUGGUGAAUCUUGUAUUCAUAUCAUCAUAAAAUUUGCAGUAACAAAUUCUUCAAAUCUUCGUCUGCUUUCAGAGACUCCUGGCACACCUAACCUUCUGUGUUAAUACUGUCUAAUUGUCUUAGAGCAGGGGUGGCCAAUCUGACCCUGAGAAGGAGCCAGAAUUUACCAAUGUACAUUUUCCAAAGAGC